ACAUGACAGCUCUAUUCAUACGUUCAAUUCUCCUGUCCUUUCCUUCUUUUCUAUCCUCUGUCUCUCUAUUCUCCUUCAUAUGUCACAACUCAUUUCAAGCCACAGUAACGUGAAGGCAACCAAUAACUGCGCGAGCAGCGUGUACACAACGCCAGUCCUCCAGCAUCGACUCCAGCGUCCGUCCACCGAAAAAUUCCUUAAGAAGAAGAGCGAGAGAGAGGGAGCGAGAGAGAGAGGGGGAGUGAGAGAGGAUGGGGAGUGAAGAGGAGGCUUGAGAGUGCGCUAGAGAGUAUGUGCUUAGCAAUGGAAUAAAAACUGCGCAGUUCUUCCGUUCUUAGUGGCCUCCGCCAGUUUUGACUCGGUCUAAAAACAUACGCAUUUUGAUUAUAAUAUACAAUUUCACACCUGGACUGAUUCUACCUUUCGACUCAUGCUUUUUUUAAAAGAAGCAACAGCAGCCCUCUCAUUUCUGGAUUUUUAAAAAUUAUUUGAAAUGAUUAUCCACUAAAAUUGGGACUACAUGGCAUUGGCAUUUUUGGAGAAAUAUGUAGUUCGUUUAACGGUUGUCAUCGUGUUCGUUUUUACCUUAACUCGCGCAUCUUGUGUUUUUAUUGGUGCUGCGUGUGUGGUUGCAGCACGUGCAGCUAUUUGGAGUUAUGUACGCAUGUCCAAUGACAUAAUCCUAUUCGUUUCACAGACUGGUGGUCGUCUACAUUAACGGAAGGAGAGGUGAUGAGGUCUGUAGUUCAACGUUUAUCAGUAGGCCUAAUGACGAAGUUGGCUACGGCUAUUGUGGGAUCUCUCAACGAGAACCAUGGGAGAGAUGCUCCGGGCACAUUCUGCCCCCCGCCAGCUGAUCCAGGAUCAGCUCACGACCCGUAAAUCUCACCCCAAACACCACGCCCAAACAGGUCAGGCUGACCCCAAACACCACGCCCGAACACUCUGUGUAUUUAUGCAGCAAAGCAAACGCCCAGCUGCCACUCGGCCAAUGGGAGAGGCUGCCACACGGCCAAUGGAGAGUCUGUGACUCAGCCAAUGGAGAGACUGUGACUCAGAACAAUGGGAGAGUCUGUCACUCAGCCAAUGGAGAGGCUGUCACUCAGCCAAUGGAGAGACUGUGACUCAGAACAAUGGGAGAGUCUGUCACUCAGCCAAUGGAGAGGCUGUCACUCAGCCAAUGGAGAGUCUGUCACUCAGCCAAUGGAGAGUCUGUGACUCAGCCAAUGGAGAGACUGUGACUCAGAACAAUGGGAGAGGCUGUCACUCAGCCAAUGGAGAGUCUGUGACUCAGCCAAUGGAGAGUCUGUCACUCAGCCAAUGGAGAGACUGUGACUCAGAACAAUGGGAGAGUCUGUCACUCAGCCAAUGGAGAGGCUGUCACUCAGCCAAUGGAGAGACUGUGACUCAGAACAAUGGGAGAGUCUGUCACUCAGCCAAUGGAGAGGCUGUCACUCAGCCAAUGGAGAGUCUGUGACUCAGCCAAUGGAGAGACUGUGACUCAGAACAAUGGGAGAGGCUGUCACUCAGCCAAUGGAGAGUCUGUGACUCAGCCAAUGGAGAGUCUGUCACUCAGCCAAUGGAGAGACUGUGACUCAGAACAAUGGGAGAGUCUGUCACUCAGCCAAUGGAGAGGCUGUCACUCAGCCAAUGGAGAGACUGUGACUCAGAACAAUGGGAGAGUCUGUCACUCAGCCAAUGGAGAGGCUGUCACUCAGCCAAUGGAGAGUCUGUCACUCAGCCAAUGGAGAGUCUGUGACUCAGCCAAUGGAGAGACUGUGACUCAGCCAAUGGAGAGACUGUGACUCAGAACAAUGGGAGAGGCUGUCACUCAGCCAAUGGAGAGUCUGUGACUCAGCCAAUGGGAGAGAGCCACAUAUGUUGAGAGAGUGGGGUGCAUCUCCAGCAAGGAGCCAGUGAAGGUGGAAUGUGUCAGGUGCAGUCACUCAGGGAGGGGGCGUGGCUUGUGUGGGCUGCAGGGGAGGCCAGGGAAAAGACGGCAGGCUGAACCGCACCGCUGAGGGACUGCGGACCCCCCCCCAUGCCGGAGCCCGGCGUGUCCUCGCCCCCCCCCCCCCCCCCGGCGCCCAGCGUGUCCUCACGGGCAUUAAGGUUGGCAGAACACUGAAGAAACUCUAGAGGGAUGAUGAUUGGCAGCUGGAGCUGAAGGCUGGAGGUGAUUGGUUGAGUGGUGCCAUAUUCAGGCCUGAUAGGCUGAAUGCAUCACCCUGCAGAGCAGUUUUGUGGGCGUGGCAUACGGGACUCCGCCCCCCUGGACGGACUGAACCAUGGAUCAUGGCCUCCAGCAAGCAGUCGUGCCUGGGCCCCUCCCUCCUGGUGCUCUGGUGCUGUCAAUCAAUCUCAGUCCCUCCCCCACCCACGUCAGAGUCACGCCAAAGGCCUGCACCAUCCCAGCAGCUUCCAUAACGGGCAAUCAGCAAGGGGCAGGGACAAGCCUGAGCUGGGGAAGGUGAGUGGCCAGGCGUUGCCAUGGGAGCAGAGGCAGCCCCGCCCCUGGGAGCAGCAGCCUGGCCUCCAUCAGGAUUAUAACUCAAGACCAGGAGGCUCCGCCCAUUCCAGCCCUCACCAGUAUGGAGGCCCUCAUCAGUAUCCCCGCCAUCAAGCCCCGCCCCCGAUGGGGGACGUGUGGAAUCACACUCAGCAGCCCAGGGGAAUUCCAGGGCAGAAACGCCCUGCAGCAUCCCAGGAUGAUCAGGCUCCGCCCCCCCGCCAUGCCCCGCCCCCUGAUGGCAGCCCAGGACCCAAGAGGCAGAGGCACUCCAGCAAUGAGCAGCGUUACUUUGCUCCAAACUGCUACCCCCACCCCCACUCCCACUACUCGCCCCACAAACCAAGGUUCUGGAACCCUCCGCACAAAGGGGGUGUGUCCUGGAACCCACCUGACAGGAGGAGCGGCCCUGCAGACUUCCAGGACUGUUUCAAGCCCGGUUUUAGGGGAUUUUGGAACAGGCCGCCUCCACCACGCCCAUCUCAUCAUGGCCACCGUGACCGGAUUGCUCCGCCCCCUCAAGCCGCUGAUGGGCACAGCAGGAACAGGCCCCUCCCCUCACCAGCAACCACACCACUGUGCCUUAUAGCCACGCCCCCUACUGGCCCCAGCAAGAGCGGAGCUCCCCCACUGUACCUCAGCACUGCCACGCCCCCGAGGGGCGGCGACAGCAGGGCAGGCAGGACAAGCACACGCUGGAUCGGGGGGGCAGUGGGGUGGGGCUGGAAUCUCAGGUUCAGAACAGGCACAGAUUUGGGGAUGGGAGGGGUCCUGGGGCACACCAGCACCUCAGCCCCCCACAGACCCCCCCCCUGCCUGGAGCGCAGCCGGCCCCAAACACCCCCCUCUGCCUCCGUCUGCCCCCCCCUGCCCUGCCCUCGAACCCUGAGCAGUCCUGACACCAGCACUGCCAGGACCCACCAGCAGCAGCCCCUGCCGCCCCCCUCUCUGCCCCCUCCCUUGCACCCCGCCCUCGGCUGCUCCACCCCCCCAGGUUCAGCGGCCAAUGGAAGUGACAGACCCCCCCAGCACCGCCCCCCAGCUGCAAGCUCCUCCCUCCUGGCCCUCAGCCCCGCCCCCACGCACCCACAGCAGUGUUUAGAGGAGGCGCAGGACAAACGGAACGCUGAGCCGGAGGAGAGAGGGAGGGAGAGAGGGAGGAGAGGAGAGCAGGGGAAGGAGAAGGAAAAGAAGAAGGAAAGGGAGAAGGGAGAGCAGGAUAAAAUGAGAGAAGGAGUGGAGGGGCACAGUAGCAAGGGUAAAAAGGGGAGGGGUCUGGAGACCCACCCCUCCAAAUACUCCACCUCAAGAGCCCCACCCCUCAACAGGAUUGGCCAGGAGAUGCAGAGAGAAAAUGAAGGGAGGAGAAGAGGGGUGUCACCAGGCCCCUCCACACAGAAUACCUCAGGGAUCCCCCCACCCCGCAGUGAUGGCCACGCCCCCUCCAGGUCAGAGCCCCGCCUCCUGCCCUCCCCCAGGGCCCCAGAGCUCCUCCCCAUCUCCAAGCCGCUCUGCCGGGACGACCCCCCCGCCAGCCCCCCCCUGUUGAGCCGCCAGGGCUCUCCAGAAUCCUCACCCCAUGAGGAAGAGGAGGAGGAGGAGGUGAUGGUGAGGCCAACUGUGCUGGCCAGCCCCACGUCCACUCCACCCAUGACUCCACCCCUCUCCCAACCCGUCCAAUCAGAUCAUCAGAUCACCCAGCCAGGGACAGGCACUGGCCCCGCCCCCCAGCAGAGACCGCCCCCGAGGCCGCACCCCCUCCAGAGGAACGUGAGCGCGGUGCUGAAGUCGCUGGCCUCCGUCCUGCAGCAGCAGAGACACGCCCACAGGGGAGGGCCAUUCGGCAGAGCCCUGCCCCCAGCCAAACACGCCUCCUCGCUCUCAUUGGCCCCAGACCACAGGGGAGAGGGGGCGGAGCUAAAGCAGAAACACGGAGAGGUGGACAGGAGGAGCCAGACGAGAGGAGAGGAGAGGCCUCACUCUUCAUCCUCCUCUUCCUCCCCUGCCCUGGGGGUGCGCUGUGCGGUCCUACUGACCCGACACCCCUGCCCCGCUGCAACCAAGGAGAGGAAGGGUGCAGGCCAGAGGCACAGAGAGGGGGAACGAGAGAGGGGAGGAGACAAGGAGAGAGAGAAGGAGAGGGAAAAGGAGAGAGAGAAAGAGGAGAGACAUCAGAAAGAGAAAGAACAAGACAAGGAGAGAGAGGAGAGGGGGCAGAAAGAGAAGGAGAGGUGGCAGAAAGAGAAAGAGAGGGGGCAGAAGGAGAAAGAGAGGGAAUCAGACAAAGAGAGAGAGAGGAAAGAAAGGCAGACUGGCAGGAGGAAAGAGGUGCAGAGAAGCAGGGGAAAAGAGAGGAGAAAAAAGGAUAAAGGAAAGAAAGAAGGGGCACCUGUCUGCUCUCCACCCCUGCAGUCCAGCUGCAGCGCCCCCGGCAGGGAAGUCCGGAAGGUUUUGGGGACCCUGGACCUGCAGGGAAGGGAGGCCAGAGGAGCGAGGGAGAGAGAGAAGGGCACACAUUCCAGAGAGAAGAGCAAAGAGGAGGAGCCCCGACCUGCCGUCACUGUGCCGACCACCGCCACCAUGGCAACUAUCACCAUGGCAACCAGCUCCACCAUGCCAACUGUCACCCCGGCAACCAGCUCCACCAUGCCAACUGUCAGCCCGGCAACCAGCUCCACCAUGCCAACUGUCAGCCCGGCAACCAGCUCCACCAUGCCAACUGUCACCCCGGCAACCUGCUCCACCAUGCCAACUUUCACCACAGCAACCAGCUCCACCAUGCCAACUGUCACCCCGGCAACCAGCUCCACCAUUCCAACUAUCACCACGGCAACCAGCUCCAACAUGCCAACUGUUAGCCCGGCAACCAGCUCCACCAUGCCAACUGUCACCCCGGCAACCAGCUCCACCAUGCCAACUGUCACCCCGGCAAUCAGCUCCACCAUGCCAACUGUCACCCCGGCAACCAGCUCCACCACGGCAGCUGUCACUACGAUGACCAUUUCCACAGUAACCACAACCAUGGCAACCAUCACCACAGCAACCGCAGUCACAGCAGCCGCAAAACACAUCACCGUGGCGAGCUCCGGCACCGGCACCACGCGCCCCGCCCUGGGCGUGGCAGAGUUCCUGAAGCUGAAGGGCCUGUCCUUCGGCCCCCCGAGAGAGCUGAAGAUCCGUCUCAUCAAGGUGGAGAGCGGAGUCGGCAAGACCUUCAUCACCCGCGAGGAAGAGGAGAAGAUCAUCCCGCUGGCCCAGAUCAGCAUCAAGAACACAGCCUCAGAGGUGAUCCGGGCCUGCAGGGGGGCCAAGGUGAAGGGGAAGUUUCGGGAGUCCUACCUGCUCCCAGCAUUUUCGGUCAAGCCCGCCCUGAGCAGCGAGCAGCCAAUCGCACGGCACAGACUCAGCCCCCCCACACCCAGCAUCUAUCUGGAGAGUAAGAGAGAUGCGUUCUCACCUGUGCUGCUGCAGUUUUGCACCAACCCCAGGAAUCCCGUUACUGUCAUCAGGGGCCUGGCAGGCUCUCUGCGUCUGAACCUGGGGCUGUUCUCCACGAAGUCGCUGGUGGAGGCGAACGCUGAGCAUGCGGUGGAGGUGCGCACACAGGUGCAGCAGCCGGCCGACCAGAACUGGGACCCCAGUGGGUCCUCCCAAACCUGGCCCUGCGAGAGCAGCCGCUCCCACACCACCAUCGCCAAGUACGCCCAGUACCAGGCCUCCAGCUUCCAGGAGAGUCUGCAGGAGGAAAAAAACAGUGAGGAUGAAGAUGAGGAAGAAGAAGAAGAAUCUCCACCCCCAGAUUCCACCUCCAACACCAAUCCAACCAGUACGGAGCAGAAGCAAGUUGGGAAGAUCAUCAAGUUUGGUACGAACAUUGACCUCUCUGACCCCAAAAGGUGGAAGCUGCAGCUGCAGGAGCUGCUGAAGCUGCCGUCCUUCAUGCGCGUGUCCUCCAGCGGGAACAUGCUGAGUCACGUGGGCCACACCAUCCUGGGCAUGAACACCGUGCAGCUCUACAUGAAGGUCCCCGGAAGCCGCACGCCAGGGCACCAGGAGAAUAAUAACUUCUGUUCUGUGAACAUUAACAUUGGGCCGGGGGACUGCGAGUGGUUCGCUGUCCACGAGAACUACUGGGAGGCCAUCAGCGACUUCUGUGAGAAGCACGGCGUAGACUACCUGACCGGGUCCUGGUGGCCGGUUCUGGAGGACCUGUACCGGGUAGGUAUCCCAGUGUACCGCUUCAUCCAGCGGCCGGGGGACCUGGUGUGGAUCAACGCCGGGACGGUGCACUGGGUCCAGGCCGUGGGCUGGUGCAACAACAUCGCCUGGAACGUGGGGCCAAUCAACUCCCACCAGUACCAACUGGCCUUGGAGCGCUUCGAGUGGAACCAGGUGAAGAAGGUCAAGUCCAUCGUCCCCAUGAUACACGUCAGCUGGAACAUAGCCCGGACCAUCAAGAUCACAGACCCCGAUACACACAAGCUCAUCAAACACUGCCUCCUGCAGUCUAUGAAGCAUAUCCAGGUUCUAAGGGACCAGCUGGUUGCCAAGGGAAAGAAGAUCUCAUAUCAGAGUCGUGUGAAAGACGAGCCGGCGUACUACUGCAACGAGUGUGAUGUGGAGGUGUUCGACCUGCUGUUUGUGACGAGCGAGAGCGGCUCCAGGAAGAGCUACAUGGUGCACUGUGAGGACUGCGCCUCUCAGCUGAGCCCCAGCCUGGCCGGCGUGGUGGUGCUGGAGCAGUACCGCAUCGAGCACCUGAUGAGCACAUACGACACCUUCACCCUGGCUCCGCCCCCCAGCUCUCGAUGAGGUCACUCCCGGGCAGCCAUAACCAAAACUCCCACCGAGUCCCUCCUGUUCGACACAACUACUGCUACUGCUGAGCAGCCAAUCAAAACUCUGUUUACUGAAAUGUGUUUACAUUACUGUACUACAUCAGCCAAUCAAACUCCAGGUCACUGUCGUCUUCCUUCUGCACCGGGUGCUAAUUGGUUGUCUGGGGGACCUGGCCACUGAAAGACUAGACUGAUUUCACUCACUAAAAGCGCUGGAAAACUGUAUGCAACAACCCAACUGGAAACCAUCACACACUGCUGAUGAAAAGCAGUUAAAAUGGCUGGAAGCUGCUCACACUCAAACCCUUAAGGUGCUGUGCUAUGGAAGGUUCCAUGCAAACCAAAUACCCUACAACCUGUGACAAAUUUAGAGAUUAGUCUAUGAACCAGGAAGUGUAUUAUGGGAAUUACAUGACUGGCUGGGAGAGUUGAUCACAUGGGUUUUGUUCUUUUUCAUUUUCUGGGGGGGGGGGGGGGGGGGGAAACUGAAUUUUGUACAUGUAUUUCUCAUGAGGUGCUAUUUUUAUUUAUUUUCAUUUUAAUUUAUUGUUUUUUUAAUGAACUAAAUGUACCACAUUUGCCUUGAAACUUGUAUUUAAUGAAAAUACUGAUUACAGAGGCUAAUACAUUUUUCUACAGCAUUAAUUUUAAGAAAACCAAUUGUUUCAAGUUUCCAAACAUACGGGUUUUUAAAUAUUUCAGUUUGUUUCUGUGAAUCUGACAGUCGUAAUUUGUUUUUCCACAAUCUUAAUUCAGUCUGAAAAUGACAACAUUUUUUGUACCUUUGUAUCCUAAAAUCUUUUAAAAUCUUUACAUUUCAUUAACUUUCAUUACUGAAUUAUUACUGUUAUUAGUACACUCAGUUUUCUUUGUUACCUCAUCAUGGGUUUGUUGUUCUUUUUCUGGUUUUUAGGUUUUAAAAAACUGUAAAUGUAAAUGGUGUAUUUAUAUUUUUCUGUUUUUUGUAUUUAUUGGAUAUUGAUGUUUCCUUUUUAAUUAGGGUUAACAGAGAUAUUAAAGGUUUUCUAUUGUUGUAUUAUUGGUGUAAUAUUUGAAGGGGGCAGGGUGGGGGGUUGUUUCUAAUGGUGCUUAAACCCCACUACCCUCCCAGUAUAUACAGAUUAUUUAUAGAUAUAAAUCUACUCCUUUACCGGAUGGUGAGCUGAAUGAAUAGAACAGUGUCUGUACUGAUAGACAGCAGCAGCGACAACACCUUUUUAACGGGAUGAAAUGUGGUUUCGUUUUUUUGGUCUGAACUAUUAAAUUGUGAUGUUUAUCAUUAUUGUUAUUCUUUUUACACUUGUUUUUGUCAAGAGACUAUGGGGUUCUCUCUUUUUUUCCUCUUUUUUAUAAAAAAAAAAAAAGUGUUUUCUUUUGGCAAAAAUACUGUUGACAAUGGUUUCCAUUUCAACUGCACUGUUCACAUGGAAAACUGAGCUGGAUGUGACUUCAACACUUUGUGAAUUUGUGUGACAUUACCAAGACUAAUAUUAAUAAAGCAUUUUGAUAUUCAUA